UACUCACUUUUCUGAGAAAUUUCUUAGAAUGGUAUGCAAAACAAAUACAGUGACCGAGAUCGACCUCAAGCUGGGAGUUCGAACUCAAAGUGUUAAGAUCGAUAUCUCGACGAAAGCUGCAUAUGAAUUUUUGGGCCCAACCCUGGAAACACGGGAUGGUGCUUUGACUCAUCAAGAAAAAAUGAAGAUUUGUAUGGGUUAUGUAGGAGACCCUGGAUUUCAAAUCUGUGUUGGCGAAGACAUUGGUGCCAAUCAAUCAACGAUAUCUAGGGUGGUACAGCAAGUCGCAACAAAAAUUGCAAGCCGUGCAACUGAUUGGAUCAUAUUCCCACACACUUCUGAAGAAAUAGAAGAAGCGCAAAGGUUAUGGAGCAGUAAGUAUGAGUUUCCUUGCGCCCUGGAUUAUACACAUCUAUCACCACGAGGAGAACGUAAACCGAAAAACUCAAUAAAUGUAAAGUCUACGUGCAACGCGGAUGAACAAUUUACAAGCAUUCAAUGAUGAAGGCUAUGGCAUAACGCCUUGGUUAAUGACACCAUUUAAACAAACAAGUAACGAAACUUUAUUGAGUUUCAGUUCUUUUACUAUAAUUCAAUAAAGUGGUCAGCAAUAUUGUUUAUAGCUACACUUUCAUUUUCGCUUUCAGAAGACCGCACAGUCUGUUUUAACUAGUGCAAGUGCAUACAAAGAGCUUUGAGAUCGUUCUUAUAUCCCUGAGUCAGAACUGUGGAGAGUGAAUUAGUUUUUCUUGAAUAUGAAACUCAAUCCGAGUCUGCUCGAUCGAUCUCACAUGCGAAUUUCUUUUUCAUCUUUAAGCAUAUGACCCAUUGUGUGUUUUGUUUUUUUUUUUUUUGUAGAAUUAGUCUUAAUAUUAAAAUGUUAGACAACACUGAAGCAAAAAGGUCAGGGGCCCUACUAUGUAACUCGAUUCUACUUUUGAUUCUAUUUGAAACUUAUUUCCGAUUCUACUUUUAAGUCGUACUACGUAUGAAAGUAGAAUCGGAUGCCGGUUAUACCAAAUUGUUUUUAAAAAAUUGUAU